AUGGUGGAGGAACUUAACAAGUUACCAACACCAAUCAGAUUUACAGCUCAAAUCAGUUCCAAGAAAGUCCAGUACCUGGACGUGGAACUAUCUGUCGGGGUUAAUAGGCUUGAAUAUAGCCUCUACACCAAAACGACGGACCGGAAUACAUUGCUGCACGCACUAAGUGCCCAUCCACAAACACUCAUUAAGUCUCUUCCAAAAGCUCAAUACCUGAGGGUGAUGCGAAAUAACUCUAAUGAUCUCAUUAAAGAAAGACAACUGUCAGAAAUGACGGAGAAGUUGCUGCAACGUGGUUACAAGCGCUCUAUCCUUGAUGAAGCCCUAAAUGAAGCGAGAGAACCACGAGUAUCCAAAGAAGAAAUGCUUAAACAUGAAGUAACCCAAAAAUUGGUUUUCCCUACCACGUACCAUCAGUCCACCAAAACUAUCUCCUCAACUAUUAGGAAGAAUUGGAGAAUCUUGGCUGCGGACGAUACGCUCCACAAGGUCUUUCUUGAAAAACCUCUUAUUUGCUUCAAACGGAAAAGAUGUUCUAGUCCACACAGACCCUGUUUCAAGUUACACAGAAAAUAUUACUGCCCAAAACCGGGGUUGUGUUCGCUGCCUAGGGUGCGUCACUUGUGGCCACAUGACGCCAUCAAAAACUUUUUCCCACCCUCCUACAAAUAA